AUCUGUGCUCGAUGAAUACGCCUUUCAUAUAGCGCACUUCAAUGCAUCUGUAUGCGCGAACUGCUGAACGACAGAAAUGGGGCAAAACAGGUUAAAUGCAAUUUUUAUGAAAUCUUGGCAACCCUAACAUCCCCGAGGUGAAAGGUAAAACGGCUUCUUUUAAUCUAGAGACAUUUCAGUAUUAUUUACAAACCAACCCGGAUCCCGUCGACCUCUCUCUCUGUCUGAUGGUCAUGGUGUUAAUGAUGGAAUCGCAGUGUGAAUACUUCAUGUAUUUCCCCGCCGUGCCCAUCUCAGACCUGUCGGACCCGGCCAAAUAUCGCACGCUGCCGCGUCGCAGCCACCUUUUCCUCGGGGAAACCGUGCGCUUUCUUUUGGUCUUGCGCUCUCAAAACGUUGCGUCCGGGUCAGGCUCGUUUGGCACUGCGGCUGUUGAUGUGAGCGGCUCGGAGCAUCACACCAGUCGCUCCUGGAGGGAGCUGGCCGGAUCUCUAUGCGCCGUUGCCAGCGUUUGCCCCGGCGAUAACCGACAGCGGACGCAGCCUUUAUAUCACGACUACCACAGCAGCGGGGAUGAGUGUGUGGAGGAUACGGACGAUGAUGAUGCUGCGGAGGUGGGCUGCGCGGGCAGAGGGGGCCCGAGGUACCGGGGCUUCAGAGAAUGCAAACCGCUUCUCAUUCAUAACAACACGGGCAAUGGCGUGAGGGAGUUCCGCAAGGCUCCUGUACAGUCUCCUGUGGAUGAGCCGGUUGUUUUAAAUGAUGAGGUCAUCUUCCCUCUUACUGUGUCAUUGGAUAAACUCCCUGUCAACACUCUUAAAGUAAAGAUUAUAGUGACUGUGUGGAAGCAAGAAGAGGAGAAAGCUGAGAUCCAGGAACAUGGCUACCUUAACAUUCUCCAACAGAAGAGCCCCUGCCAAACAUUUCGCCAGGAUUUAAACACCUUCAAAGCCCAGGUCAGCACUACGCUCAAUGUCCUGCCUCCCCCCACGGUGAAGUGUCAGCAAAUGACUGUUUCGGGGAGACACUUAACUGUCCUCAAAGUGUUAAAUGGGAGUUCUCAAGAGGAAGUUUGUGUGCGUGAUGUCAAGAUCCUUCCCAACUUCAAUGCCUCAUACCUACCAAUGAUGCCGGAUGGCUCUGUGCUGCUGGUGGACAACGUCUGUCAUCAGUCAGGAGAGGUUGCAAUGGGGUCAUUCUACAGGAUGGACAGUGAAUCGAGCCAUCUUCCCAGCAUGCUCAGUGCUCUGGAAGAGCAGAACUUUCUCUUCCAACUGCAGCUCAACAACCAGCCACAAGAUGAUUCAAAUGAGGGUCUGGAGGUGCCAUUGGUAGCAGUCUUACAGUGGUCCACUUCUAAACUGCCCUUCACCAAUUCUAUCUACACUCACUACAGUCUACCAAGCGUGAGACUGGACCGCCCUCGCUUCAUCAUGACUGCCAGCUGUCCCAGUGCUGUUAAGACCCGUGAGCAUUUCCGUGUGCGAUACACCCUCCUAAACAAUCUGCAGGACUUUUUGGCAGUACGACUAGUCUGGACACCUGAAGCUCGUGGGCAAAAGGAGGACCCCGCAGUUAAUGCAGUGGUGUGCCAUUCUCCUCUCAGUAACCUUGGUUACUGUCGGAAAGGCAGUACCCUCUCUGUCAGUGUGGCAUUUCAGAUACUCAGAGCAGGUCUUUUUGAGUUAAGUCAACACAUGAAGUUGAAACUGCAGUUCACGGCAUCCGUCUCCAACCCUCCUCCUGACGCCCGUCCUUUGUCUCGCAAGAACAGUCCGUCCAGCCCAGCGGUCCGAGAUAUUCUGGACCGACAUCAGGCCAGUCUCAGUCUGGGUCGCUCUCAGUCCUUUUCGCACCAGCAACCAUCAAAGUUUCAUCUCACGAGGACAGGCAGUGUUAUGGAGCGCAGGGCCAUCACCCCUCCUGUGGGCUCUCCUGUCGGUCGUCCACUUUACCUCCCUCCUGACCGAAACAUCCUGUCUCUCGACAAAAUCGCCAAGCGUGAGUGCAAGGUGCUGGUAUUGGAUCCACACACCUGAACCACAUACAGGCAGAGGAGGAGGAGGAGGGGGUAUUUUAAAGUGUCAGGAACUGAAAAAUGUUUUGUCACAUAAUAUCCAUUAUUUUGUUUUACAUGUUUACAUAUAGUGUGUGGUUCUUUUAAAGAGUUUCAAUGCAAAAUAUGUGCAGCUACUGUUUUCGACAUUCUGAAGGAAUCAUGCGCGUCAUGUCAUAGGGUUUAUCGACACUUGAGUGAUGCUUCAAAGCUUUGUGCUUGUAAAAACAUUGCAUACAAGUUAAGGGUGUGUUGAUGGCUUUUUAUGGGGAGGAAGAAUUAUGGUUGGUCAAACAACAUUGGGAUUUGCCCUCUAUGUCCGCAACCUAGUAUUGGAUACAUUUUCUUUGACGUCUUUACAUUUCAACACGGCCAACAUUUCCCCGUGCAUAUUUAAUAUUUUUUGUCGUUUGCAUUUCAGUAAUAGUUUGCUUUACUUUGUAAAAGUGCUUUUAUUUUGUUUUUUAAAAUCAGUGGUUCUCAAACUCUCAUGUAGCGUGCAUCCCUACGCACCCCCCCCCCCCCCAAGGAAAGUUCAUGACAUAUAAAACAAUCUCAAACUUAGAAUUUGAAUUAGGGAUGCUAAACUAUUAAUCGCGAUUAAUCGUUAGCAG